CGGCGGGGGGCGCAGAAACUAAAGAACCCAAAUCAUCAACAAAGAAAAUCAACCUUCGGUUGGUGGCAUCUGACUCAGAUGGUGAAAAUGAAGGUGCAUAAGUCCACGCUGCUUUGGAUUGUUAUCGAACAGAUCCUGUCAUCAGCAUGGAAUCAUGUCCUCUGAAAUGGUGGUCGAAGCAUGAAGGGGCAUGGGCCGCGGGUAUAAUAAUGUAGAUUAUUAAAAUCAUGGUGGAAUUCCUCAAGGGCUUCUUUUCCAUGGGUCCAGAUGAUGAAGAUGUCAUCAAUGUAGCGCAAGUAGAGAAGGGGCGUUAGGGGACGAGAGCUAAGGAAGCGUUGUUCUAAGUCAGACUUAGAUCUCUAUCAAGCAUUCUUAAAACUACAAUACCCACCUGCUGAAGUGAAAAAACAGAUUGACAGAGCCAGACGAGUACCUAGAAGUCACCUCCUACAAGACUGGCCCAACAAAGAAAAUAACAGAACACCACUAGCUGUCACCUUCAGCCCCCAACUAAAACCUCUCCAGCGCAUCAUCAGAGAUCUACAACCUAUGCUCAAAGAUGAUCCUUUAUUCUCACAGAUCUUGGGAGACAGACGUGUCCUCGCUUACAGACAACCCCCCAACCUAAAGCAAAUACUCACCAGCACCACACAUCACUGAACAAAAACACUGACCCAGGAACCUAUCCUUAUAACAAAGCCCGAUGCCAACUCUGUCCACAUAUCUAUUCAAGUGACAUCAUCAUAGGACCUAAUCACAUCAGCCAUACCAUCAGGGGCUCGUUCACCUGCACAUCUACCAAUGUGAUAUAUGCCAUCAUGUGCCAGCAAUGCCCCUCUGCCAUGUACAUUGGCCAAACCGGACAGUCUCUCCGCAAAAGAAUUAAUGGACACAAAUCUGACAUCAGGAAUCAUAAUACUCAAAAAUCAGUGGGAGAACACUUUAACCUGUCUGGUCAUUCUAUGAUAGACCUGCGGGUGGCUAUUUUACAACAGAAAAACUUCAAAAACAGACUCCAACGAGAGACUGCUGAGCUGGAAUUGAUAUGCAAACUAGAUACAAUCAACUCAGGAUUGAAUAAGGACUGGGAAUGGCUGAACCAUUACAAACAUUGAAUCUAUCUCCCCUUGUAGGUAUUGCGCUGCCCCACACCACAGACAAGGCUGCUACAGAGUGAAGGAUCAGUGGAUCGCAGAGUUUCGUAGAAGGUCUCAAAGAAUUGUGGGAAAGAAUCACAACCACUUUAGAAGAUUUCUGCAGAAUGGACGGGGACCAAGUGGAAAAAAUGGUGCUAACAAAAGAUGGAAGAAAAACUGCUGUGGAUAAGGAGUGUGAUGGAGAAGAAAAAAAAUCAGUGGAAAGCAAGGUUUACAUGGAUUACAAUGCAACCACCCCAAUGGCACCAGAGGUGAUCCAAACUGUAACAGAGGCCAUGCAUGAGGCUUGGGGUAACCCCAGCAGUUCUUACACAGCAGGUAGAAAGGCCAAGGAGAUCAUAAAUAAAGCUCGGGAGAGCCUGGCCCGGAUGGUGGGAGGAAGGCCCCAGGAUAUCAUUUUCACCUCAGGGGGCACAGAGGCAAAUAAUUUAGUUAUCCACACGGCACUGAGGCAUUUUAGAGAGAGUCAGGUGCUGGGACAGGAUGGGCCUGGUGAGGAUCACAAAAGGGCUCAUUUCAUUACAUCUAAUGUGGAACAUGACUCGGUCCGUUUGCCAUUGGAGUACCUUGUUAAAGAGCACAUGGCAGAAGCCACCUUUGUCCCAGUGUCCAAGAUCACUGGGCAAGUGGAAGUUGAUGAUAUCAUUGCAGCAAUCCGUCCAACCACAUGCCUGGUUUCCAUCAUGCUGGCCAAUAAUGAGACUGGGGUAAUCAUGCCCAUCUCAGAGCUCAGCCAGCAGAUUCAGAUCCUGAAUCAGAACAGAAUGGCAUUAGGCCUGCCCAGGAUUUUGAUGCACACAGACGCAGCCCAGAUGAUAGGGAAGGGCCGAGUGGAUGGGCAGGAUCUGGGAGUGGAUUAUCUCACCAUUGUGGGACACAAGUUCUAUGCCCCACGGAUUGGAGCACUGUACGUUCGAGGGCCUGGGGUCACUACUCCUCUGCAUCCCAUGCUCUUUGGAGGGGGACAGGAGUGGAAUUUUCGUCCUGGAACAGAGAAUACGCCAAUGAUUGCUGGCCUUGGCAAGGCCGCUGAGCUGGUGAACAAGAACUGUGAGGCUUAUGAGGCUCACAUGAAGGAGGUUCGGGAUUACUUGGAGAAGAGGCUAGAAGCUUCGUUUGGAAAGCAGAGACUCCACUUUAACAGUCAAUUUCCAGGUGCCAAGCGGCUCUGCAACACUUGUAACUUUUCUUUUUGGGGGCCAGGGCUGCAAGGGCGGAUGGUGCUGUCUCACUGCAAGACUCUACUCGCCAGUGUUGGUGCUGCAUGCCAUUCGGAGAAGGGUGACCAGCCCUCCUCUAUACUGCUCAGCUGUGGGAUUCCCUAUGAAGUUGCUCAGAAUGCCCUGCGGCUCAGUGUGGGGCGGGACACCACCAAGGAGGAUGUGGACAUGAUAGUGGAAGAUCUGAAGCAGUCUGUGGCUCAGCUAGAACAGAACAGAGUCACUUAGAGAUCAGGGAUCAGGACGGGGAACUGAGAGGAGAGAUUUCCUUGAAAGAAACAGAUUCCUGGGGCGUGAUUCUCCCCUGCUCUGUACCUGGUGUGUCAUUUAUUGGGUGUGACAAGCUGUCCAGUCAGAACAGUAAUGUUUUACACCUUCCUUGGCUUGGUGUAAAUGACUGCAGAAGGUGCAGGGCAACGGAGAAUCAGACGUUUAGACUCUUCCCAUUCCUGAAGAACUGGCUGUCCUGUGCUGGGAGGACUGCAGCUGUUAUUACAUGUACAUUCCUUUAGGACAUCGGAGUGUGGCAAGUAAUAUCACUGCUUAUGUUUGAGGAACUUUUGAAUGCUCACUUGUUCUACUGAGCAGUUAAAAACUCUGGGUUUGGGGACUGCAUUUGGGUUGGGGGGUGUUAAUGUAUUCAGGUGUGCUUGUAUCCAGGGGAGCGGCUGUAAUUGUGCACAGGUGUGCCUGGGCUAGCACAGAGGAAUGAGAGUAGGAGUUUGCAUUCAGGAGCACUCUAUGAGAGAUUAGGAAGGCAUGUAUGUGUUCCUGGGAUACCUGUAUUUGCACAUAGGAGGCUGUGUCAGAAUGCCUGCAUUUAUGCAUAGGGUGGUGUAUGUAUGUCUUAAGGGCGCCAAUCUUAGAAUGUGUGUGUGCAGUCAGGAGGUAGUUGGGCUAGUGUACAGGAUGUGUGUGCAUUCAGAGGAAGAGUGAGCAUGCAUGCGUCAUUUUGUCACAUCUGGCCAGUCCCACCUUUCUGAGCAUCAGAAUUGUAGAAUCUGUGAUGUGCACACACUCACUCUACAUGCACAUAGUUAUGAGCAUUAAAGAUCUUCGCUUUAACUUCCCCAUGAAGGAAACAGGCUUUCCAGGACUAAUGGAAAUUAGGAAAACUUUUGUUUCAAAUCAGUGUCUUUCCAGGAAAGGAGGUUGCCAAACAAGGCUGUUAGAGACAUCUCUCAAAGGCAGGAAUAUAACAUUUACUGUACCACAUUAGAUCCUUGGUACCUUGGCUGGUACCUUGCCUCCGACUGGCCAAUACCUGAUGUUUCAGAGGAUUUGUUGGUACUGAAGGAUUUAGAAUACUACUUUUAAGUGUUCCUCUAACUCUUUUCUGAUCGUCCUUAUGGCACCUGCACUGGUUACUCUUGUUGGUGUUGACUGUGCAUUCUUCCUAUUACUUCUCCUGCCAGGGAGCAGGUCCUGCAUUCAGCUGUGAAUUCUUUGAAGGGAAUGCAUUGUCUGCUCCUAUGGAGAACAGAACUUGGCCAGUCAGGUGGCUCUUCUAUUCCGACUGCUAAUCAAUGGAUUAGAAAUAAAAUGAUAACGCAGGGGGGCAGGGUGAAGUGAGGAGAUGGGGAAGGACUAAUACGUCUGUGUUCUCACAGAUAGUAAAAGUUAACCCUGUUAAACUGAAAUGUAAUUAAAAGCGCAUUUUCCUUCAGAAGUUUCUGUUUUAUGUUGGGGACCCAGGAGUUCAUGGGACAGUUAGGCUGGCAAGUACCAUGGUGAAAGGAGGUGGAAGAGACAACUCUGAUUGAGAGCAUUUCAAAGGCUGCUAUGUCUCUUCACAUAUGAUGACAUGAUAAGGGUCUGGGGAAAGUAUGCAUGCCUUUCCAGGUGUGGAUAGAUGUUUGGCUGCAUGUGUGUUCCCUCUGUGUGCCACCCCAGCAUGGCAGACCUCAAGUGAACUGCCCAAUGACCACAAGAUCCAUUAAGAGACAAAGGCACCCAGCCAGGUUUAUUGUCGACGAAGCAUGAUACUAGUAUCCCGCAGACUCUACCAGACCGCUAAUAAAUGUAUGCCCGUAACAAUGGACUAGCUCAGUGAACGGCAGAACUUUCCGUUCCUCCCUUGGCCAGACAAAGAUACUCCCUCUGAGAUACAUCUUUAUACCCUGAUACAAACAAGUUACUACUGCCCCUCUGACAUAGUUACUGUAGUUACUGCCCCCUGACGUGGCUAGUUAUCACUUAUCC